AUCUUUUUGGCACACAGGCAAUAUAAUGAGUGCACACACCUGGCAAGUGUUGGCCAUCUACAUGGCCUUAUCUGCAAGCCUCUCCGAGCAACAAGCACUGAAGCAGACUUGUCCUUCAUGCGAUGCCACUCAGCUUUGCAACUGCUCCUCCAUGGGCUUGGAAUUCAUUCCCCCUGGGCUCACAGCCAAAAUCACAGGGUUAAACCUGGCUCACAACAGGAUAAAGCACAUCCAAUCCCAGGACCUGAAGCAGGCUGUGAACCUGAGAGCCCUGCUGCUGCAGUCCAACGAAAUCAGCUCCAUAGAUGAGGACUCCUUUCAGUCCCUGGGAAAACUGGAGCUCUUGGACUUAUCAAAUAACAGCUUGGCUCACUUGUCCCCUGUGUGGUUUGGGCACCUUUUUUCACUCCAGCACCUCCAUCUUCAAGGCAAUUCCUACAGAGACCUGGGGCAGAGCGCCCCCUUUUCUAGGCUGAGGAACCUGAGCUCUCUCCACCUGGGCAACCCGCAGUUCUCUGUGAUAAGGCAAGGGAACUUUGAGGGCAUUGAGUUUCUGCACAAGCUGUGGAUUGAUGGUAGCAAUCUCAGUCAGUAUGAGCAGGGAAGUUUGAAAUCAAUUAAGCAGAUUAAUCACAUGAUCAUAAAUAUAAGAAGUAUUAAUACACUCUCAGAAAUUGUUAGGGACCUUGUGUACUCUGUCUCUUGGCUGGAAGUGAGAGGAAUAGCAUUCAGUAAUGCUGCAGAAAUGCAAGUAUUGAGAGUCAUGUCUUCAUCUUUUGCAAAGAAAAUUUCUUUUAGACAGACUUUACUAACAGAUGCUACAGUGCCUGAGAUUGUCAGCAUUUUAGAAGACAUGCCAAAAUUAGUGGAGCUGGAGCUGGUAGACUGUAGACUCUUGGGAACUGGACAGUGGAAAAUGGAAUUUCAAGCAAAGAAAUCACAGACACUUAGAGUUUUCACGAUAAAGAAUUUAGCUAUAGAAGAAUUUUAUUUGUUUACAGAUCUUCAGGCUGUGGAAGGUCUACUAUCUCUUUUUACAAGAGUCACAGUUCAAAACACCAAAGUUUUUUUGGUACCAUGUAAAAUUUCCCAACAUCUUCGGUCAUUAAUAUAUCUUGACCUUAGUGCAAAUUUGAUUGGAGACUUGAGUUUAGAACAUUCAGCCUGUCAGGGUGCUUGGCCAUCACUACAAACUCUAAAUUUAAGUCAGAAUUCACUGAGUGACUUAGAAAUGACAGGUAAAAGUUUAUCUCAUCUAGCAAACCUAAUUGUUUUAGACAUUAGCCAAAAUAACUUUGGUGAGAUUCCAGAGGAGUGUACAUGGCCAAAACACCUGAAAUAUUUAAACCUGUCAGGCACUCACAUUCCUAAAGUAACACGCUGCAUUCCUCAAUCACUAGAAGUGUUGGAUGUCAGUGGAAACAACCUGAAGGAGUUUGGACUGGAGCUCCUGUCUCUGAAGGAGCUGUACCUCACAAGAAACCAGCUGAAGACGCUGCCGGGUGCUGCACCCAUUCCAAACUUGGUGUCCUUGUCCGUCAGAAGAAACAAGCUGAACAGUUUCUCCAAGGAGGAGUUUGAGUCCUUCAGGAGAAUGGAGCUGCUGGAUGCCAGUGACAACAACUUCAUCUGCUCCUGUGAGUUCCUCUCCUUCGUCCACCACGAGGCCGGGCUGGCCCAGGUGCUGGUGGGGUGGCCGGACAGGUACGUGUGUGACUCUCCGCUGGCGGUGAGAGGGGCGCAGGUUGGCGCUGUGCGCCUCUCCCUGAUGGAGUGCCACAGGUCCCUGGUGGUGUCGUUGAUCUGCGUCCUGGUGUUCCUGGUCGUCCUGCUGCUGGUGGCCGUCGGCUACAAGUACCACGUGGUGUGGUACCUGCGGAUGACGUGGGCGUGGCUGCAGGCCAAGCGGAAGCCCAAGCGCGCCCCGCCGAAGGACGUCUGCUACGACGCCUUUGUCUCCUACAGCGAGAACGACUCCGAGUGGGUGGAGAACACCAUGGUGCGGGAGCUGGAGCAGGCCUGCCCUCCCUUCCGCCUCUGCCUGCACAAGCGGGACUUUGUGCCGGGGAAGUGGAUCGUGGACAACAUCAUCGACUCCAUUGAGAAGAGCCGCAAAACGCUCUUUGUGCUGUCCGAGCACUUUGUGCGGAGCGAGUGGUGCAAGUACGAGCUGGACUUCUCGCAUUUCCGCCUCUUUGAUGAGAACAACGAUGCAGCGAUUCUCAUCCUCCUGGAGCCCAUCCAGAGCAAAGCCAUUCCCAAGAGGUUCUGCAAGCUGCGGAAGAUCAUGAACACAAAGACCUACCUGGAGUGGCCUCUCGAAGAAGAGCAGCAGCAGAUGUUUUGGUAUAAUUUGAAAAUAGCUCUAAGGUCCUAG